UGCGAUGAUGCUGCUGCAGCGGCAGGGGAGACCCUCUGCGCUUCAUCUUGCACUUUUCUUUUAUUCUCAUUUUAUGGAGUCAACUUUGGUGCUGGCCUUCAACCUUGACACCGAUCAUGUCAUCAGGAAAGACGGAGAGCCGGGCAGCCUGUUUGGGUUUUCCCUCGCCAUGCACCGGCAGCUCAACCCGGAUAAAAGAAUGCUAUUGAUUGGAGCACCCAGAGCCAGAGCUUUGGGAAAACAGACAGCCAACAUCACAGGAGGCCUUUACAAAUGUGAAAUCACUCAGUCCAACGAUUGUGAGCGGAUUGAAUUUGAUAGUGAAGAGGACAUAAGUGUAGAGAACAAGGAGAAUCAGUGGAUGGGGGUGACGGUUCAGAGCCAGGGGCCUGGGGGAAAGAUUGUGACUUGUGCUCAUCGCUAUCAGAGGCGCUUGUUUGUGAACACGCCUCGGGAGUACCGGGACAUCACCGGGCGCUGUUAUGUCCUGAGUCAGGACCUGACCAUCGACUCGUUAUCCGAUGAGGACGGAGGUAACUGGAACUUCUGUAAGGGCAGAGCGAGAGGCCAUGACAUGUUUGGAUCCUGCCAGCAGGGUUUGGCUGCCACCUUCACCAAGGACUACCACUACGUGGUGUUUGGAGCACCGGGAGCUUACAACUGGAAAGGCAUAGUUCGAGUGGAGCAAAAGAACAACACUUUGAUAGAGAUGGAAGUGUACGAUGACGGCCCGUAUGAAGUUGGAGAUGAGCUUGAGCCUGUACGAGCCAACAGCUACCUCGGAUUCUCCCUCGAUUCGGGACACAGCAUCAUCAGGAGUCGUGGCCUGACGGUGGUGGCUGGAGCACCCAGAGCCAAUCAUAGUGGAGCUGUGGUCCUGUUGAGGAAAAAGAGCGAGACCUCCUCCAGACUUUUGGUGAAUCAAACUCUGCGCGGGCCAGGACUCGGGUCCUCGUUUGGCUACGACGUGGCCGUGGUUGACCUGAAUGGUGACGGAUGGCAAGACUUAGUUGUGGGAGCCCCUCAGUUCUACAUGAAGGACAGAGACGUUGGAGGAGCUGUUUACGUUUACAUCAACCAGGACAGAAGUUGGGAAAGUAUCACUCCUGUUCGUCUAAAUGGGACCAAAGACUCCAUGUUUGGACUGGCAGUCGAAAGCAUCGGAGAUAUCAAUCAAGACUCAUAUGAAGACAUUGCCAUUGGAGCUCCUCAUGAUGACGGCGGUGCAGGAAAAGUCUACAUAUAUCACGGCUCUAAAGAAGGAAUCAAAACCAGCCCUGCACAGAUCCUUUCAGGAAAAGAGCACAACAUGCGCCUCUUUGGAUAUUCUCUGGCAGGGAACAUGGACUUGGACAGUAACUCUUAUCCAGACGUGGCUGUGGGUUCUCUGUCGGACACAGCCCUAAUUUACAGGGCACGGCCAGUCAUUAGCAUCAGGAGAGAUGUCAAAAUAUCUCCACGGGAAAUUGACCUUACAAUCAAAACCUGUGGUAACAGCAUUUGCCUCACAGUGGACGCGUGCUUCACCUGGAAAGCAAACACUGCAUCUUACAACCCCAGACUAACUAUCGGCUACUCCGUUGAGGCGGACGGAGAUCGCAGGAAACACGGGCUGCCCUCCAGAGUGAUGUUCCUGAACAAAUCCCAUACCGAAACAGACUACCAGCUCAAUGGCACCUUGGACCUCCGCGGCCAAAACCAGAAGUCAUGCAUCAAGUUAACAGCCAAACUAAAAGACAACAUUAAGGACAAGAUGCGCUCAAUCCCCAUCAAUGUGUCUGCAGAAAUUGUGGGUACUAAACGACAGAAGACGAAGAACGGCCUCGCUCAACUCAUGCCCAUAUUAGACUCCUCUCAACCGAGCAAAGACGUCAUUGAGGUCAACUUUGUGAAAGAGGGAUGUGGAGGUAAUCAUAUUUGCCGGAGCAACCUGAAAAUGGAGUACAAACUAUUCUACAAACAAAGCAGCCUCGAUGUGUACUCCCCACUGCCCGUCAAAAACAACAUCCCUGUGUUUCAUCUGAACUACGAGAGGAAGGACUUGGCUCUGCGUGUGACGGUCAACAACAUGAAUAAAGACGAUGCAUACGAGGCAAAGCUGGUGGGGACGUUCCCAGAUAUACUGUCUUAUUCUGGAGUGCGCCCACAUCAGACGCUGGAAAAGCCAAUCAUCUGCACAGCCAAUGUGAACGGCUCUCAAGCGGAGUGUGAGCUGGGGAAUCCUUUUAAGAGAGACUCAAAGGCUACAUUUUACAUCAUCCUGAGCACUGUGGGUAUCACUUUGGACACCACGGAGAUUGACAUCGACCUGCAGCUCCAAACUACAAGUGUGCAAGAAAAUAUUGCCCCUGUUAAAGUGAAGGCCAAAGUGUUGAUUGAAUUGCCGUUGUCGGUCAGUGGGGAAGCCAGCCCCAAUCAGGUUUCUUUUGGAGGCGUUGUGAAAGGUGAAAGUGCCAUGAAGACAGAAGAAGAGAUUGGAAGUUUGAUUACUUUUUCAUUCAGAAUAAACAACUUGUGGAAGUCUUCUGUCAAAGCCUCACUUCAUAUUCAGUGGCCCAAAUGGAACAAAGAUGGUAAAUGGCUUCUGUAUCUGGUAAAGAUCACUUCUACAGGAUCGGAGGACAUCCUUUGCUCUCCUGAGUCUGAAAUCAACUCUCUCAAACACAUCCAGGAAGCCUCUGCGUCCAGGACAAAACGUGAAAUUGGAGAAAGAAAAACUGUUGUUAAAAAGUCGUCCCUGGCUGACAAGAAAAAAGUUUUGACGUGUGACAGUGGGAUCAAAUGUGUGGUGCUCAAGUGCCCCCUUCAGGGCCUGGACGGUACUUCGCUUGAGCUGAGAUCUCGUCUCUGGAACUCGACCUUUAUUGAGGAUUACGCCUCCAUCUCGAACGUCUACAUUGUUGUGAAGGCCUCACUCGUCCUCCAUACUCAGGCUAAAAACAUGAUCCUGAAUACUCCUCACACUGAUGUGACAGUGGCGGUGUCCCCUGAAGGUGCAGUAGCACAGCUCAGCGGAGUUCCCUGGUGGAUCAUACUGGUGGCUGUUCUUGCGGGCAUCUUGAUUUUGGCUUUGUUGGUGUUUCUGCUCUGGAAGUGUGGUUUCUUCAAGAGAGCAUCGAAAGACGAGUACGAUGCUGCGUACCUCAAGGCAGAGAUCCAUGUUCAGCCCUCUGACAAAGACAAGCUCUCUGCUGAGGCCUGAUUUAUGCUCUGAACAGGUGUGGAUUCUUUAAACGCUCCAAACAAGAGGACAGCGUCCCCAGUUACCAUGCAGUGCGGAUCAGAAAGGACACUCCGGAGUAUAACGAUGGAAAUGUCAAGCUUGACCCUUUUGAAAAAAAGCCGUGGAUGACAAAUUGGAUUGACAGUGAAAGUUACUCAUGAUUUUUGCAAACAGCUACAACCUGAUUUUUUAUUCAGUCUCAAGCUGCAAACAGGGUGAACCUUGUCUUUUCUUGCUCACUUGGAGAACACCAGUGAGUUUAUGUCUUCUUUUUGUACACUGUAAAGAUGAUGAAAUGUUUUUUGUAAGUUUUGUAUAUAUUUAAAUACUUCUGCACACUGUAUAUUUAUUUUUGGAUAAGAAAAUAAUUUCAUGCAGCCAAAGAGUUUUUUUAGUCUCACGUGUCCUUGAGCAGAUGGACGAAGGGCAAACUUUACUACUGUUUCUGUGGAGUUGUAACGUCUUACUAAAAGACGAAAAUCUAUGCAAGGAAAGUUCACCUAGAUAAAUAUUAAAUGAAGAGAUGUGUCUUUUUUCUGUUGUUUUAUGUCUAGUUUCAGUACGUUUCAACAAAAAUUCUAUUGUCCUUUUGGAAUGACAUUUGGGCACAUUAUGAUUUCACAAUAAUGAAUUAAUGUCCAAUUCUGUUCAUUGAUUCUUCACCUCUUCUCACUGUUGUGGCAUUCAGGUAGCAUCCACUGUACUGUAGGUCAACACUGAAUUAAGAUGUUUUUGUUCUUUGUGAAGAAUCCAAAGGGAAGAUGGUCAAUAGAAACUACAAUGUCAGUUUUAUGGAUUCAAUUCAAUGUGA